CUAUUUGAUUCUUGAUUCAAAGGGGGAGCGACAAGAGCCGAUCCAUGGCAUUGCAAAGGAGCACGUGCAAACUAGCCAACAGUUUGAAGUUUCUCCUUCCUCGGAGAGCUUCAUAUCUUCAUUCACAUGCCACCAGCUUCGAUAAAGUCCAGCCGCAAUUUAUAUUUCUUGUAAUGGAACUGAACUUGCCAUUUAUUGAGCACCUCAAAACAUCUGUAUGGCUUGGCUGGUAGCAUUUAUUAUUCAAUGAAGAAAAGAAGCAGGGAAGUCUUGGUCUCUCUUGGUUUGUGUAACAUAUUAGCACCUCAAACAGAUAGGACGUAUGUAAGGUAGGUGUUAGAUGUUUGAAAUCUGUUAUGUUCUGGAAUAUGUAUUCUACUUGUUGUUUCCUCAAAUCAUCAUGCAACUUGUAGCAAAUGAUGUAUUUUCUGUUAUUUACUUGCAUUCAUAAUUUUGUCACUUUGUCAAAUGGAUCACUAACUUCUGAUGCAGGAUUUAAGGAAGUCCGAGAAGAAGAAAAAAGUAAAUUGGUUGGUAAUGUCUUCAGUAGUGUCGCUUCAAACUAUGAUCUGAUGAAUGAUCUGAUGAGUAUUGGAUUGCACAGAUUGUGGAAGGACAGAUUGGUUACAAAGUUGGGUCCUUUUCCUGGAAUGAAGCACCUUGAUGUGGCUGGCGGGACAGGUGACAUAGCCUUCCGUGUCCUUGAGAGUAUAAGGAGUGUGAGUCGCAGAGCCAUGCAGGAUGGCUUUGCUGAAACCGAGGAACAGACACAAAUUUACAUAUGUGACAUCAACCCAAACAUGUUGAAUAUUGGCAAGAAACGUGCUAUUGAGAGAGGAUUUGCGGAGGACCGCUAUCUUCACUGGGUAGAAGGAGAUGCAGAAGCUUUGCGUUUUGAGGAUGAGUCAAUGGAUGGUUACACCAUCGGUUUUGGUAUCAGAAAUGUGACACACAUUGAGAAAGCUCUUGCGGAAGCUUAUAGAGUCCUAAAGCGGGGUGGCAGAUUCUUAUGCCUUGAGUUGAGCCAUGUGGAGUUUCCUAUCUUUAAACAGCUCUAUGAUUACUAUUCCUUUUCGGUCAUUCCUGCUGUUGGAGAGCUUGUCGCUGGUGAUAGAGAGUCUUACCAAUACUUGGUCGAGAGCAUCCGGCGAUUUCCUAAUCAGGAUGCAUUCGGUCGGAUGAUUGUCGAUGCAGGCUUUCAGAAGGUGGAAUACGAGAAUCUAGUUGGUGGGGUGGUUGCCAUUCACUCUGGACUAAAAUUGUAGGGUCCUUGCGUAGGAACUUGCAACGAUCACGCUUUCUUUUCAAGAGUGAGUUUGAUAUCGGCGGCAUCUUCUCAGCAGAAAUUCAACUAGCAACACCUUUGAUCAUAUGAUACUUUUCUUUCUUUGUUGAGAUUCAGUGGACCAACAAAAAAUAAAAUGGUGUGCCAACAAGUUACAGAAUUUUUUUUUUGGCACUCUUUCUUUGUGCUAUUAUUUCAGCUUUCUUUCCCCGAAACGUAUGCAACUGAGCUUCAUCUUUGUAUUUUCUACAAAAUUUGGUGCAAUUUCUGUUUCUUGACUGA